AUGACAUUACUCCUUACUCACCCAAAUUCAAUAUCCCUAACGACCUUCUCGAGACCCCUUCCAACAACUACCAUCCCUACACCGCUCGCACUACCUUCUAGGUACCCUCCCAAGGCCACUCCACAGGUGACGACGUCCCCUUCAGGUCAUAUAUAUCUAUACUCGAGUUCGACACAUGUAGUAUGGGAAUACGAUAACAAAGGCAAGAGGAUCUCGGAGCUAUCAUUCCCCAAUGAGAAGAUUCACAAGGUAUUGGCUUUGAAUGAGAAGAAGCUUAUGGUAAACCUGAAGGAUAAAGAUGAGCUGAGGGUGAUGCAGAAGAAUGGGACGAAAUGGGAUUGUAUAGAUACUUUACGAACGUCUAAUGGUGAGGUUACGGCUUUGGUCGGUGAUUUAACUUCGACGUUAGUAGCGGCUGGAUCAGAUCAAGGGGAACUAGUGGUAUUUGACUUAUCAACAGGACAAAAAAUCGUAGUACCCCUUGGAGAGAGAGUCGAUGGGCCUAUCUCACCACUUCUAACCUUCUGCCCUAACCACCGUUCGACCCUCCUGCUUCCCACAUCGUCAUCCCUUCUCCGUAUCACUCUUACAUCAUCGCCAUUCUCCACCGACAUCCGAGAGCUUCCAGUCAAAGGUCCAGUAUUAGACAUUACCUUCUCACCGGUCAACGAGUCUACCGAUGGAAGUCAGAAAGGGGGACUGUGCGCUGUUUUGAGACCACAAGGAGAAGUGGCAGUGAUAGGUAUAAAUGGUAGUAGUGCUCCGAAAAUCAUGCAGUUUGGAGAAGAGUUGGAAGGUUUGAUGUUCAUAGAUGGAACGACAUUGGCUGGAAGGACUAGAAAAGGAUCACUGUUGAUAAAAGACCUGCGAGCCUUUUCUAAGCCUCCAGUACCUAUAUCGUCUUCGGAGCCAAUCACUUCUAUCCAACUCUUACCAAAUAUUGCCCGGUCGUCCAGACCUUCCCUCCUACCAUCGUCGACAUCAUCUCAUCCUUCUCGCGCACGCACACCUCUGGGUGAAAGACAGACAGGCAACGUGCCGACCCCUCCUCCAGAAUCUGUACUUAAAGGGAAAGGUUCCAUUCGAGAGAAUACUACUGUACUGCAAGAGGACAACGUGAAAGCUCAGACGGCGACAAGAACAGAGAGAAUCGUCUCCGCGCCUGUAUCUACGGCUUCUAAGCAACCUAGACAACCGAGAUCUACUGCCCGGUCUACUAGUGGACCUAUACCUUUACCUGUGAAUCCCAUUGUGCAUAGAUUGCGGAAUGAGAAUCAGACGAGCUCUAGGAUAGGGAGUGCUACACCCAUGAUCAUAGAGGAAGAUGAAGAAACUGUUCAGAGUGAAUCUGGUGAAAAGCAAUCCGCGAGAUCUACUCGUAUCAUCUCACAGCUAGAGCACAUAGAGGGGUAUGAUCAUGAGCCCAGUAUACACCUACAUUGGGCAUUGCAGCCUCCUCGAGAAAGCGUAAAAGAGAGAGAAGUGAUAUUGACGGAUAACGAGGUGAUCGAAGAGCUAAGGAGGGAGUUGAGGGAAUUGAAGUUGGACAUGUUAAGGAUGAGCAGGGGGUUAAGGAACGAAAUUCGACAAGCGACUAAGCCGCUUUGGAAGGAGUUGGAGGAGAAUAAAGAGGUUAUGGAGAGGCAGAGGAAGGAGAUUGAGAGGUUACGGAGGGGGUAUUAG